CAGGGAGUCAGAAGUUUUUUAAACAAAGCUACUGAUUUUCCUGGUGAAUGUGACGAUGAUGUGUUCACUGCAGAAUGUUCAGAACUAUGAACAGGGAUAAGGUGCAGGUUGGCGACUCCAUGGUGCCUCCCGUGACCGGCGUGAUCGUGGUCGCAGCGCAGGACGGCAUGGACGAGAAGCGCCUCAAUGCCGGUGAAUUGCCGGUGUUUUCCUGCGCGGGCGGGAGGGACGCGCUGCCGGCGGAGAGUCGAGACACCUCGCCGAGACACGAACCCGCGCCCGCGGGUGCUCUUGCAACCGUCCACCGGACCACCUCGUUCUCAGUUCUGGACAUUUUGGACCCCAAUAAAUUUACAAGUAAGAAGCAACCGACUAACAGGACAGGGUGCGAGUUUGCGUUUGGUGAUGAAAACAGAGGAAGCGAAGACUCCAGUCACACAGUCGAGCACAAGUCUUAUCCAGAGGACUUCGACUGUAAAAAACCAUCGGCAAUUUUAAAGGACGGGUUCGUGUACCGAUCGGAUGAAUGUGAGAAUGAUUUCACUCGUGGGAAUCAGUCAGACAGUGAGCUACAGGAUGAUUUGUGCAGCGAGGAAAGCGGCGCCCUGACCGGAAACAACGACGCCGAAUUCGGACAGCACGAGGAUGACGAUUCAAUGAACAAAAGCCCAGAAGGGCAGCAGACUCCACAGUCCAAUGGUCAGAGUAAUCCCAUCAAACCUAAACGGAAGCGCUCCGGCUCGGAUUCAAAGUCUGGCAAACCCAGAAGAGCCCGGACUGCAUUCACGUACGAGCAGCUGGUGGCUCUUGAGAACAAGUUCAAGUCGACGCGCUACCUAUCAGUGUGCGAACGGCUCAAUCUGGCCCUGUCGUUGAGUUUGACAGAGACCCAGGUGAAAAUAUGGUUUCAGAACCGCCGGACCAAGUGGAAGAAACAGAACCCGGGCGCGGACACGAGCGCACCGACAAGCGGGGGCGGAGGGGGAACGAAUUGCCAGAGCAACGGUUUGGGGGGUCUGAGUCCUCUCAGCUCGUCUCCCCCUAUGAGCCAUCUGUCCAUGCACACCGGCUAUCCGGGUCACACGCCCGGAGGACUCGUCUGCACCGCCCAAUUACCCUUUCUACCGGGUCACGCGGUUCUGUCACCCUUCAUGCUGGGCACUCAGACUUACGGAGCGCCAACGUUUUACGCGCCGCACUUAUAAGAACAGAACAAUGUUCUUCUGUAAAGGAGAAAAGCAACACUGUCCAGUCCAACAGGGCACAGGAACUCUUGAAACGUGAAGCACUAUGGCGUUUGCAGACUUGCAAAGACAUUUGAUAGGUUCGUCUUGAAGAGCUAAAAUAUAUUUCAGCCUUGCUGCACUGUGGCAACCCGAGAUUUGUGUUU